CUGCUGGAGUCCUGGGCCUUCCCCGUCCUCCUAGCCCGUACCUUCUUGUGGGCCAAGAAGGGCGCUGCAGACAGGGUGUACUCCUGGCAUCUAAGAAAGGCAGAAUCUCUCCAGAUGUCUUCCAGUAAUGACCAAGUUUCUAUCCCAAUGUCACAAAGAAACAUCAAUGGCCUCCCCAAGAAGACCUCCAAGGAUGUGAAGGUGUUUACUGAAGGAGCUGUGUUAUCUUUUCAUAACAUCUGCUAUCGAGUAAAAGUGAAGAGUGGCUUUCUACUUGGUCGAAAAACAGUUGAGAAAAAUAUACUAACUAAUGUCAAUGGGAUCAUGAGACCUGGCCUCAACGCCAUUCUGGGACCCACAGGUGGAGGCAAAUCUUCAUUGUUAGAUGUCUUAGCUGCAAGGAAAGAUCCACAUGGACUGUCUGGAGAUGUCUUGAUAAAUGGAGCAGUUCGACCUGCCAAUUUCAAAUGUAAUUCAGGUUAUGUGGUACAAGAUGAUGUCGUGAUGGGGACUCUGACGGUGAGAGAAAAUUUACAGUUCUCAGCAGCUCUUCGGCUUCCAACAACUAUGACGAAUCAUGAAAAAAAUGAACGGAUUAACAAGAUCAUUCAAGAGUUAGGUCUGGAAAAAGUGGCAGAUUCCAAGGUUGGAACUCAGUUUAUCCGUGGUGUGUCUGGAGGAGAAAGGAAAAGGACUAGUAUUGGAAUGGAGCUUAUUACUGAUCCCUCCGUCUUGUUCCUGGACGAGCCCACAACUGGCUUAGACUCCAGCACAGCGAAUGCUGUCCUUUUGCUCCUGAAGAGGAUGUCUAAACAGGGACGAACGAUCAUCUUCUCCAUUCAUCAGCCUCGUUAUUCCAUCUUCAAGUUAUUUGAUAGCCUCACCUUAUUGGCCUCAGGAAGACUGAUGUUCCAUGGGCCUGCUCAGGAGGCCUUGGAGUACUUUGCAUCAGCUGGUUACCAGUGUGAGCCCUAUAAUAACCCUGCAGACUUCUUCCUGGAUGUCAUUAAUGGAGACUCCUCUGCUGUGAGAUUAAACAGAGAGGACCAAGAUGGUAAAGCCAACGAGACUGAAGAGCCUUCCCAGGGAGAUAUGUCUCUCAUAGAAAAGUUAGCUGAGUUUUAUGGCAACUCUACCUUCUGCAGAGAAAUGAAAGUUGAGUUAGAUCAACUCGCAGGGGGUCAGAAAAGCAAGAAGGGCGCAGCCUUCAAGGAGAUCACCUACACCACCUCCUUCUUUCAUCAGCUCAAAUGGAUUUCCAAGCGUUCAUUCAAAAACUUACUGGGCAAUCCCCAGGCCUCUAUAGCUCAGAUAAUUGUAACAAUCAUCCUGGGACUGGUUAUAGGUGCCAUUUUCUUUGAUCUAAAAUUGGAUUCUACAGGAAUCCAGAAUAGAGCUGGGGUGCUCUUCUUCCUUACAACCAACCAGUGUUUCACCAGUGUGUCCGUCGUGGAGCUCUUCGUGGUCGAGAAGAAGCUCUUCAUACAUGAAUAUAUCAGUGGAUACUACAGAGUGUCAUCUUAUUUCUUUGGAAAACUGUUAUCUGAUUUAUUACCCAUGAGAAUGAUACCAAGUAUUUUAUUUACUUGUAUAAUAUACUUCAUGUUAGGAUUGAAACCAAAGGUGGAGGCCUUCUUCAUCAUGAUGUUUUCCCUUAUGAUGGUGGCUUAUUCAGCCAGUUCUAUGGGACUGGCCGUAGCAACAGGUCAGAGUGUGGUCUCCAUCGCAACACUUCUCAUGACCAUCUGUUUUGUGUUUAUGAUGAUAUUUUCAGGGCUGUUGGUAAAUCUCAGAACCAUUGCGUCUUGGCUCUCGUGGCUUCAGUACUUCAGCAUUCCCCGAUAUGGCUAUACGGCUUUGCAGUAUAACGAAUUUUUGGGACUAAACUUCUGCCCAGGACUCAAUACAACAGCAAACGAUAGCUGUAGCUAUGCAAUAUGUACCGGCGAAGAAUAUUUGAAAAACCAGGGCAUCGAUCUGUCACCUUGGGCUCUGUGGAAGAAUCAUGUAGCCCUGGCGUGCAUGACUGUUAUCUUCCUUACAAUUGCCUACCUAAAAUUGUUAUUUCUUAAAAAAUAUUCUUAAACUCUUUAUAUUACAUGAUUUACGCACAUAUUAAAAAGAGAACACCUUGAUUUAUUA